AUGACAGAUCAAGUAGAUGAGGACGGCUUUACAAAGGUCACGCACUUUAAAUACAAAGCUGUAGCAAAUAACAGAAAAAAAAAUAGAAAAAAUAAAUACUCCUUCAAGGAUCCUGAUGAGUGGAAAUUAGAAGAUCUGAACAGAACGUUAGACCAAAGAAAGGAAACACUUGUAGACAGCCGUUUUUUCAAGGACCUAUCAGUUAUAUUUGAAGAAAGUUUGUUAUACACAAAGCCGCACGAUAUUGUCUGUUACGGUAUUGGAUCCAUGCAUAAAUCAAAGAAUGCACAAUAUCAGUUUGUUUUGGCAUUGAUAAUUAGGGAAAUUUUGAAGAUUUCAGGCACCAUGUAUAUUUUUGAUCCAGUCAUGACUGAUUUAGACAAAGAAUUAUGUGCAUCACACAAUAUAAAACUGAUAACAGAAAACGAAGAUGGCAAAAGAGUGAUUGACAGGCCGACUCUAUUCUACAUGCCUCAUUGUGGAAGAGGGUUGUACAGUAACACUUUGAGUGCAAACUGGAGUAGAGAUCGACUACCGCUCGUGACAAUCAUUGGCAAUAAAUUUGACAUGUAUGUUGGAAGUCAACUGCAAAAAGAUCUCAUUCGAGAAUGCCCUUAUCUAAUUACCGCUGUAGAUAUUGUAAACUGUAUAGCUUUUCCAAAAGAAUUCGACAAUAACCAAAUUUUUAAUGAUAUUUCCAUACAAACUUUCCCAACCGAAACUGUAGAUAAACUAGAUGAUGAUUUUUGGUCUAAUGUACCAACACUAGAAUAA